AUGGCUCAGAAGACGGCCCUGAUCGUUUACGCCCACCAGAGUCCGGGUUCGUUCAAUGCGGCGGUGCGUGACGUGGCGAUGCAGGAGCUGGUGUCUCAGGGUUACCGGGUCAUCGUGUCUGACCUGUACGCCAUGAACUUCAGAGCCAACUGCACACAGGACGACAUCAUCGGUGACCUGAAGAAUCCGGCACUCUUCCAGUACGGAGAGGAGACCAUGCACGCCUGGAUGGAAGGCCGCCUCAGCCACGACAUCGUGGCCGAGCAGCGCAAAGUAGAGGAGGCCGAGCUCGUCAUCUUCCAGUUUCCUUUGUACUGGUUCAGUGUUCCGGCCAUCAUGAAGGGCUGGAUGGAUCGAGUUCUCACACAAGGUUUUGCUUUCUCCCUGGAAAAGAUGUACAAUAACGGAAUACUCAAGGAUAAGAAAGCCAUCUUAUCUUUCACUACUGGAGCAACACAGACGAUGUUCCAGCCUGAUGGAAUCAACGGAGACAUCAACAUCGCACUCUGGCCUCUACAGAACGGCACUCUGCACUUCUGUGGAUUUCAGGUUCUUGCUCCUCAGAUAUUCUGGAGUCCGGCUCACUGUCCCGACGCCGUGCGAACCAUGAUGCUAGACGGGUGGGGAGCCCGAUUAAAAGGACUGUUGUCAGAAAAGCCUUUGACCUUUGCCCCCUGUGAGCUCUUUGACCUCAGCUUUAAGGGAGGGUUCCUGCUGUGGCCCAAAGUGAGAGAGGAACAAGAGUCGCAGCCGUACGGCCUCACCACAGGACACCAUCUGGGGAAACCGCUGCCGCCGGACAACCAGAUCAAAGCUCAGCCGGCUGAAGGAGGAAGUGACAAACCAGACUGCAGGAAUUAGAACUUCUCUGUUCUCAUGUUAACAACAAUAAAUGGGAACUGAAGCUGAAAUACAAAAAAAAUAAUAACUGGAUCCUUUAUUUCUAUUUAGAUGCAAA